UUAAUAGCCUAUGAGGAAGGGAAGUAAGCGAGCCACCCCCUGCGGUUAGAAAGUGGUACAGGCCAAACAGGAAGUGCUUUGCUGUGCUUGGUACCCACGUGGGUGGUGAUCUGCAGAGGGGACAGAGCUGGAGGUGACAGGAUGGCUCUGUGUAUGUGUCAGAGGAGCGCCAGACAUAUACUUUCAGCUCUGCGUAAUUCACUUGCCGCGACCCCUAGGCAGCUGAAGACAGACGAUCCGCUGUCAUCAUGGCGAUUUUCCCAUCAUUUUUUUACGAUGCAAAACCCAGCAAGUCAAAGCAUUGUUCAGUCAAGAGCAGCGUGUACACACUCCAGCUCCAAGGACGCUGUAAAGAUCGAUCUCCCAGAAAGCAAUCUGCCUGCCAUCAGCCAAAUACAACAGGAGACCAUAGGAAUGUCCACAGCGGGAGCGGACCCACUCCCAGAAGCGCUGGAGGAUGUUCCUGCUUUUUCUCCAUUGGAUGUGAUCACAGAAGAAGAAGCUGCUAUGAUAGUUCCGCAACCUCCGAUCCCUCCAGGAUCCUAUACGCUCCGAGACUAUGUGGACAGUUCAGAGACUCUGCAGAAGCUGGUGUUACUUGGUGUGGAUUUAUCUAAGCUAGAAAAACGGCCAAAUGUGGGAACGUUCCUCCUGAAGUUAGAUUUUGAGAAGGACAUCAGUAAAAUCCUCUUUUUCCUAAAAGACGUGGGUUUAGAAGACAAUCAGUUGGGACCCUUCCUGACCAAGAAUCCAUUUAUCCUCAGCGAGGAUCUGGAUAAUCUGCACAAAAGGGUGGCUUACCUGAGCUCCAAAAAAUUCAGCCGGCAUGCGAUUGCACGAAUUGUCUCCCGUGCCCCGUAUUUACUCAACUUUUCUGUGGAGAGGCUGGAUAACCGGCUGGGCUUCUUCCAGGAACAACUGGGGCUCAGCGGCGAGAAGACUCGAGAAUUGGUAACACGUCUUCCAAGGAUGAUAACUGGCAGUCUGGAACCUAUCAAAGAGAAUCUGAAGGUAUUUGAAAUAGAAUUUGGAUUUCGUAAAAAAGAAAUACAACAAAUCGCGCUAAGGGUUCCCAAGAUGUUAACUGGUAACAAGAAGAAACUCACCGAUACCUUUGAUUAUGUGCACAAUACGAUGGGGAUACCUCACCACAUCAUCACUCACUUCCCACAGGUUUUUAAUACCGGCCUUUUGAAAUUAAAGGAAAGACAUGAAUUUCUUACAUUUCUGGGAAGAGCUGUCUAUGACCCAACACAACCCAACUAUGUCUCCUUAGAAAAGCUGGUGUCCAUGUCUGAUCAAAUCUUCUGUGAAGAAAUUGCUAAGACUUCCAUACAAGACUUUGAACAAUUCCAAAAGAACAUGUGAAGACACAACAGAACCCCCAAUGUUAUAAUGGGUAUACUGUAUAGCUUUUAUAUCUGUUUGUAGAAGACUUGGAUUAUUUAUUAAAUGGCAAAGGGAUUAUUUCUUAAA